UCGCUAUAAAAAGAGUGAAAACAAGCCAAAGUCCAGCACUGUAACUUGUGUCCGUAAUAACUUCUCAACAUAAACAAUGAACAUGAAGACGAUACUUUUGCUCUUGGCAUUUUGUGCAUCCACGGUUUACUGUGGCGUUGUAGAUACUACAAGUUGCGGUGGAACUGGGACAUGGCGAGAAUUACGAAUUGAUACUUGUCAAGGUGAAUUAUGCGAGAUGGUCCCGGGUACGCCAUACAGUGUGGAAGCAGACUUCAUCCCAAGCGCAGCUAGUCCUGAACUUUGCCUCAACGUUACCGCAAUCCAUCUUGGAUUUGAUAUCCCAAUUAUUAGCACCGAAUUGCCAGGGUCUUCAGUCCAACCUGGUCAGCUCUACACCAUCCGAUACACUAUCACCCCGAAUGAUUCCUUGAAAGGGUUCACCGUACCGAUUACGUCCACAGUUGGGAGGUGCUUCAAUUCUGCAUUUGUCGAGAUGUGCAGGUCCAUCAGGGUUAGAAUUUUGUAAAUUUUCAGCUAACACAUAUAGAUAAAUGUUAUAAAUAUAUUUCCAUACAGUACAAAACAAACAUUGUUCAUAAAAUAAAAGUCCUCGAAAUCCAUA